AAAUGCGAGGAGUCUUCGUCAUAAAUUUUUUAAUCGAAAAGAAGAAUAAUUGCCUCUUUAUUGUAACGAAGAUCAAAAAAAUGCGAAUAUCGGAAUUGACAGAGGAUCGUUCCGAGCCAGAUGUGAUGCCGGAGAAGAGUGGUGGCUCCGCCAAAAUCGAUCACACCGUCAGCACCAUGCCUGCAGCUGAGGAGGUGAAUGUGAAAAAUGGCCGCACUGCUGCUGCUUUUGCCAAAAUUGGGAAGGCGGUUGCGACGCCGCUGAAGAGCUCAUGCUCAUAUGGCUUUGUCACCUUGGCCAAGAUUGGUUACGUCGUUAGGGUUAGAGUUGUGUAUAGGAUCGUGCCAUCGAUGUCAGAUGAUGUUGAAACCCUAAUUAGCGUCUAUCCUGCCAAUUUUCCCCUAAAUUCUGCCCUUCGUCAAUCCGAUGAUGCCCAAAAAUUCAUCUCUGGCCAGGAUGCUGGGACGCCACUGAAAAAUCAGUGUGGGGACUCCGACACCUACAAGUUUCGCUUUUUAACCUUUGCUAGAAUGGGUUACACAGCCACUGUCGAAGUUUUCGACAGGAUUGGUCACUGGAUGGCAAGUCCUGAGGCGAAAUCCACAAUGAUAAUGUACAUCACCAUACUUGCUAAAAAUGCUCGAUAUUAUGCACUCCAGCACGACUACAAAUUCGCCGAUGGCAAAGCUGCAUUUCUGAUCGUUCUUUCCAACACCUUAAUCGAGAUUUUAAAUGAGCAUAUCACACGGGCAAAAGAGAAGGCGGGUGCUCAAGAGGAAUAUGUGAGUGGUAGCCAAGAGCUCAUGAAAUCUGCCUCCGUAGAUGGACAUGACUGGUUUUCAGCUGCAUAUAAAAUCCUGAAAGAUAUUCUUGGAGUCAUUCCAUUGAAUGAAAUUUUGGUCUUUAUGGUUAAAGAGUUUAGGGCCUUUUUAAGGAAAGCACCUUCUAUUUUCAGCAAAGGGUUCCUAACAAUGGAGUCUUUGGGCUUCAUGAUGAGAGAGUUUUUUGUGUUUAUGAUGAAACAGUUUUUUGGUGCUCAGUUUAUCAGCCAUAUAGAUGAGCUAGUAGUGCUUGUGCUGAGAGAACUUUUCGGUAUCGACCUUGUUAAUGAGUCAGGUUUCAGUGGAUCAGCAACGAAAGGGAGGAAGAAAAAGAAACAGAUGAAUAAAUAUUAGUACCAUAGUAAGUUUGUAGUGUGUGAGUGCUUGCUCUAUUGAGGAUUUCUGUACUUGAUGCUUUUAUCCAUGCUUUUAUAUGAUUUGGUAUCUACUACUGUAGUACUA